AUGAUAAUAUUUUUAGUUAUUGCGCCUGCACUCUCAUACCUUAUUGAUCAACAUUACUAACCAUUUAAUUGGUUCCAAUAUGGAGAUACUGUAUGUUAUGGCGUAAUGUUCGAUGCUGGAAGUUCAGGUACAAGAGUUUAUGUAUAUUCUUGGAGUUGCCGAGAAAACAAAACAAUGGCCUACAUUAACAUAACGGAGAAGACUCUGGAAUAUAAGGUUGAGCCAGGAAUUGAUUCUUUUGGGAAAGAUCUGGACUCUUUGAAAUCGUACAUCAAUGACCUUAUUUAAUUCGCUUACGAGAAUGUGCCAUACACUAUGCACAAGUACACUCCCAUUAUGUUGGCGGCGACGGCUGGAAUGAGAAUGAUCCCCACUUAUUACUAGAUUUAGAUAAUAUCUACGAUUCGAGAUAUAUUUAGAUAAAGCAAAUUCCUAUUUCAUAGAGAUGAUUGGUGCAGAAUAAUUACAGGUUAAGAAGAAGUAAUUACAUAUCAUUAUAAGAUCAAAAGGGAGCCUAUAUGUGGCUAUCCAUUAACUAUAUGAUAGGUAAAUUGGGAAUAACGGAUAAUGAACAUGCAUUAACUGUUGAUUUGGGAGGAGGAUCCACUCAAUUGGCUUUUAAGCCUCAAUCCACCAUAGAUAAGAGCGAAGUAAAUUUGA